AGCUGCCCUACAACUAUAAAAUAGCCAGAAUACCCGCCUACUGUCAUUAUGGAUGUCGCUUUAAUCAUUGGGAUCUUGGGCACAGCAGAUAUUUGCCUUCGGUGAGUUCUGCAGCCGCCGAAAGGUCAGAAAUUUGCUAAUGUAUUCAGAGCCGGCCAGAAUGUUUGCCAACUAUACAGCACGAUCCCAGGCGCGCGCAGAGAUAUAAACGACCUAAUCGUUCGGGUCGAAAACGUCUGGGUACAUAUUGCACACCAUUUAAGGACGAUUCAGCAUUCCUCCGAUGCGGUUCCUGAUGCUCUCAGAGGGCACAUGGUGGAUCUUCUCCGCCAACUGGAGUUCUGCUUGCACACCACCUACAGAAAUCUCAAAAGGGUGACGGACAUAAGGGGGUGGACCUUCAUGAAAAAGAUAAAGUUCGCUCUUUUCCUGAAGAGAUUGUUGCAGAGAGAUGUCACGGCAUUAGAGAAGUGGAGGGUUGCGUUCGCUUCAACCUUUUUCACGCCGUCUACUUCGUAAGGCCUUAAAACCAGAUCAAGUCCUCCCGAACGAAGUCAAAAAUAACCCACGGCCCGUAUACAGUCCUGCACCGAGCGGGUCGUUGACAAUUUUCGUGAGGAGUAUGGGAGGGGAGUUUAUUAUGAGUUUGUUUGAAACUUAAUGUCUGCGGCCUCCUACUUGUAGAGUCGGAGAUCGGGCCAGGGGAUGCUAUUUUUUCUGAUUGUUAUGACCGUUCCUUUUAUUUAAUUUCUUUUAUUCAUUUUUCUUCUGAUAAUUAUGGACAUUCUUUUCU